UAUGUACUCCAUUAAUUUGGUCAAAACCGAGUGUGAAUGAGAGAUAGAGAGAGAGAGAGAGGAGAGAGGACGUGUCGUGAAUGAAAGGUGCAUCAUAAGAUGCUGAAUACCCCGUAGUGUAUUCUUUAUGGAGGAAUCAUCUUCUUGAGUUCGAGUUUCUAUCAAUCGAAACCUCGUAGAUCUAACAUCCAAGAAUCAUUGCAUUCGCAUCAUCUUCUACUCGAUUUGAUACACAUUCCCAUGUAAUUUUUUUGUUCAAAACAACGACCCCUUCGUUUCUACGUUCCCCGCAUGUUCUUUUCUUCCAAAUCUUUGAUCAGUCGGAUUCAAGAUUAGGUUCUUCAUCUGAGUUUACAUCAAGAUUACUCGUUAUGCAUUUGAAAAUCUAGAAGCCAACUGAUUCGAUUCUAAAUUAAUUACCUUUCUUUUCCGAUUUGAGGAGAGAGAGAGAGAGAAAGAGAGAGAGAGAGAGAGAGAGAGAGAGAGAGAGAGAGAGAGAAAGAGAGAAAGCGCGAGGGGGAUUAAUGGGUUGUUUUUCUUGCUUUGAUUCGAGGGUGGAGGAAAAAUCGAAUCCUCAAAAAGUUGGGGCUGAUCGUCCUGAAGUCCACCCAUCUGCCCCUUCCAAUAUCUCCAGAUUACCUUCUGGUGUUGACAGACUGAAAUCUAGAAACAAUGUGAGUUUAAGAAGGGAAUCAUCAGGUUCAAAAGAAGGUCCAUAUGGUCAAAUUGCUGCUCAAACAUUCACAUUCCGUGAGCUUGCAGCUGCAACAAGCAAUUUCAGCCCUGAUUGCUUUUUAGGAGAGGGAGGCUUUGGCCAUGUCUAUAGAGGACGUCUUCAGGGUAGUGGUCAGGUUGUAGCUGUGAAACAAUUGGAUAGAAACGGGCUUCAGGGUAACCGUGAAUUUCUUGUUGAAGUUCUCAUGCUUAGCCUUUUACAUCAUCCCAACUUAGUGAAUUUAAUCGGGUAUUGUGCUGAUGGAGACCAAAGACUUCUUGUUUAUGAAUUCAUGCCAUUAGGAUCACUAGAAGAUCACCUUCAUGAUCUUCCACCGGACCGAGAAGCACUAGAUUGGAACACAAGAAUGAAGAUAGCAGCAGGAGCAGCCCGAGGUUUGGAGUUUCUUCAUGAUAAGGCUAACCCUCCUGUGAUUUACAGGGACUUCAAAUCCUCCAACAUUUUACUCGGUGAGGGAUUUCAACCAAAGCUCUCGGAUUUCGGCCUUGCGAAAUUGGGCCCCACUGGUGACAAGUCCCAUGUUUCAACGCGUGUCAUGGGGACAUACGGUUAUUGUGCACCUGAAUAUGCCAUGACCGGUCAACUCACGGUCAAAUCUGACGUGUACAGCUUCGGUGUUGUUUUCCUCGAGCUUAUUACCGGUCGUAAAGCCAUCGAUAGCACUGCACCACAAGGGCAACAAAACCUUGUAACUUGGGCAAGACCAUUGUUUAACGAUAGAAGGAAGUUUGCAUCAUUGGCGGAUCCAAGGCUUGAAGGUCAUUAUCCAAUGAGGGGGCUUUACCAGGCUCUAGCGGUUGCAUCCAUGUGUAUUCAAGAACAGGCGGCGGCUCGACCGUUGAUAGGUGAUGUGGUGACCGCGUUGUCUUAUCUUGCGAACCAUGCGUAUGACCCUGGUGCGGUCAAUGGUCAAAGCAACAAGCACACGAAUGGGAGGGUUUUAAAAAAUGAAGAAGGUGGAGGAUCGGGGCGUAGUAGAUGGGAUCUUGAAGGAUCUGAGAAAGGAGAAUCGCCAAGAGACACACCAAGGAUUUUGAACAGGGAUCUUGAUAGGGAAAGGGCUGUUGCAGAGGCAAAAAUGUGGGUGGAGAAGAGAAGGCAAAGUGCUCAAGGCAGUUUUGAUGGGAAUAGCAACGGUUCUGGUCAGUAGAAGGAUGGUUUGAGUUUUUUUUUUGUUUUUCUUCUUUUUGCCAAAACCGAAUUUGGGAAAAGAUUGGAGGAGUGUAUAGAAACGAUGAGGAGGAUGUUGUGAUGUUUAUGGUUAAUUUUUCCUACACAAUGAGGCAUUUUAGGUGCUUUGUGGGUGUCUUGUUGUUUUUCUAAUGUAACAUAUUGGUUAAUGAUACACAACAUGGUUUUGGUCCGUUA